GUGGCAACCACCCGAUGAUUAUUUUCUACCAACCACAAAGACAUCGGCACCCUUUAUUUAGUAUUCGGUGCUUGAGCUGGAAUAGUAGGUACCGCCCUUAGCCUACUUAUUCGAGCAGAACUGAGUCAACCAGGGGCUCUUUUAGGGGAUGACCAGAUUUAUAAUGUUGUUGUAACAGCACAUGCGUUUGUAAUGAUUUUCUUUAUAGUAAUACCAAUUAUGAUUGGCGGCUUCGGAAACUGACUUAUCCCACUAAUAAUUGGAGCCCCCGAUAUGGCCUUCCCACGAAUAAAUAACAUAAGCUUCUGGCUUCUCCCACCCUCCUUUUUCCUACUACUUGCCUCUUCUGGCGUAGAGGCUGGGGCCGGCACUGGCUGAACUGUUUACCCCCCAUUAGCAGGCAACCUCGCACACGCGGGAGCUUCUGUUGACCUGACCAUUUUCUCCCUUCAUUUAGCAGGAAUUUCUUCCAUUCUCGGUGCCAUUAACUUUAUUACUACAAUUAUUAAUAUAAAACCCCCUGCUAUAACUCAAUAUCAAACCCCUUUAUUUGUAUGAUCCGUUCUUAUCACAGCCGUUUUACUCCUGCUGUCCCUUCCUGUACUUGCCGCUGGGAUUACCAUGUUACUAACAGAUCGUAACCUGAAUACAACCUUCUUCGAUCCUGCGGGGGGAGGAGAUCCUAUUCUGUACCAACAUCUUUUCUGAUUUUUCGGCCAUCCAGAAGUAUAUAUUCUUAUUCUUCCUGGAUUCGGAAUAAUUUCUCAUAUUGUAGCCUACUACUCCGGGAAAAAAGAACCUUUCGGCUACAUGGGUAUAGUGUGGGCAAUAAUAGCAAUUGGCCUUCUAGGCUUUAUUGUAUGAGCUCACCACAUGUUUACAGUCGGAAUAGACGUAGACACACGUGCUUACUUCACAUCUGCCACUAUGAUUAUUGCCAUUCCAACCGGCGUAAAAGUGUUUAGCUGACUAGCAACCCUCCAUGGAAGCGCAAUUAAGUGAGAAACCCCUCUUCUGUGAUCCCUUGGGUUUAUUUUCCUCUUUACAGUGGGAGGACUCACCGGAAUUGUUCUAGCUAAUUCAUCCCUUGACGUUGUUCUCCAUGACACAUACUACGUUGUAGCCCACUUCCACUAUGUCUUGUCUAUAGGGGCUGUCUUCGCCAUCCUCGCCGCCUUUGUGCACUGAUUCCCACUUUUCUCGGGCUACACCCUUCACAGCACUUGAACAAAAAUUCACUUCGGAAUUAUGUUUGUGGGAGUUAAUUUAACCUUCUUCCCACAACACUUCCUCGGUUUAGCCGGUAUGCCUCGUCGAUAUUCAGACUACCCUGAUGCCUAUACCAUCUGAAACACAAUUUCUUCUAUUGGCUCUCUAAUUUCUCUCGUAGCCGUAAUUAUGUUCCUAUUUAUUAUUUGAGAAGCAUUCGCCGCUAAACGAGAAGUUCUGUCAGUUGAACUAACUAUAACUAAUGUAGAAUGACUUCACGGCUCCCCUCCUCCCUACCACACAUUUGAAGAGCCCGCAUUCGUUCAAAUUAAUUAA